AUGUUAAGGGAGCUGAAAUCUUUUCCCCACCACAGAAAAGUUGGGCCCUGUGUCACUAGACCGCCCUAUAGAGACGGCAAGCGGAAGCGGGCUGUGAAGGUUUUCACGAUUGCUGAUGAGUCGAUGUAUCUACUCAUUUUUGGCGCACCAUCAAUUGGUUUGCUAAAGCCUCUAAAGGAAAGAAUUCAACAGUUCGAAGAGAUACAGCAAAUCUCUAAGGUCAGUCAUCCAGAAGCUGAGGAAUUUACCGAAACGUACCUUGUGAAGUUUCGCUCGGUGAAUUUGGCCAGGAAUGUCAAAAGACGUCUUGAUGAUUCUUCAUUUUACGGUGCAUUUCUUCAUAUCGUCUAUGCUCCAGAGUAUGAGACUGUGGCAGAGUGCCGUGUCAAGAUGCAUUCCUAUCGCAGGCUCAAUGACUCGGAGGCAGUUGCAUGGAGGACGCAUAGCAUGAAGGGACGUUGGGACAGUUCAUUGAAUACUGAAAAAACUGUUGUGGAUCUUGGUGUAGCAGAGGAGUUAUCAACAUCCGUUUCUACUGCUACGGUGGCAACGAGUGAAGACGCGGUUCUGUUUGGGAACCCCUACGCAGUGCCUCUGCAUAUGGUCUCGGCGUCACAAAUUAAACGGCAGAUGGGUGAUGCGCUUGACGACGCACGCAAUUAUUGGGCCUCCAGAGGUUUAGAUUUUUUUCAUAACUCUAAACACCACUCUCUUCAGCCCACCGAUCCAAGUCCUAUUCCAUUGCUUACAGCACAGUAA